AUGGCUGUUCAAUAUGAAAAAUUGGGAUGGGUCGAUCGGUUGUUGACCCUUUGGAUUGCGCUGGCAGUAGGUCUUGGCAAGGGGUUAUCAAACAUUGCGGGGGUGUCGGACUUCUUAUCGGGUGCAACAAUAGGUGGAGACACAAACAUCUUUUUGGCCAUUGGCCUGAUUGUGAUGAUGUACCCACCUGUGAUGCGAGUCGACUACGGACGUGUAGGUCAGAUCUAUAAGCAGCCCAAGGCGGUGUUAACGUCAGUCGGUUUGAACUGGUUUGUGGAUCCAUGGUUGAUGACGUUUUUGGGCUUGGCAGUACUGCACAACCACCCAGAACUGCUGCAAGGAUUUGUGUUGAUUGGUAUUGCCCGUUGUAUUGCGAUGGUACUAGUUUGGUGCGAGUUGGCGGGUGCAGAGAUGGACCUGGUUGUCACCCUGGUACUGAUAAAUAGUGUACUACAAAUUCUACUAUAUUCCGUGUACGAACUGUUGAUUAUCCAAAUCUUUCUGCCGGCUAUCGGUAUCAGUAGUGACACUAAUGCUGAUCGUUCUAUGGGAGAGUCGUUCCUUUUAGUAUUCGAGAGUGUCGCGAUCUACCUUGGUAUUCCUUUCGCGCUUGGAUUUGGAACCUGGGUAAUAGGGCAAAGAGUUCUGGGUAAAGAUAAGUACACGAAGUUCGCCAAUACCAUCGGACCACUUGCGCUGUGCUCGCUUCUCUUUGUCAUUGUCAUCUUUUUUGCCAUAUCGGGCUCACAAAUGGUAGAUGACAUCGUUAGCGUGCUACUGGUCGCUGUGCCCCUGAUACAGGAUUUCCUGAUCAUGUUUGUUAGGUCAUUCUUGCUGUGCUGGAUGUUGAACUUGCCGUACGGCAAGACCUCCGCCAUUGCUUUCACGGCGGCCGGUAACAACUUCGAGCUGGCGCUAGCAUUGGCCAUCGCUCUGUACGGUGCGAGCUUACAGCAAGCUUUUGCAGCUGUAAUGGGGCCACUGAUUGAGAUUCCAGUUAUGUUGGUACUGGUGUACAUAUCCAGAUGGCUGGCUGGUGUAUUGGAAUUCAAUAGCGACGAAGACAAGCUCCGAAAGUUGUGUGAAGAGAGUGGUUGCAAAUACGAACAGUGCUUGUCUGACAACGUAUUGAAAGAGUGUGAAAAGGAUAAAUGCGAUAUCGUCGAGUGCUUGCAAAAACGACAGACAACUCCGAGCAUCAUCGCAGAGGGUGAAAUGGUGGAUGUGGGUAGUUCGUUCAACAAGGAGUCAUCAGAUAACAAAAGUCUUGAAAAAUAA